UUCGGCGUUCUCGUUCAGUCUACUGCCAGACAACGCCCGGAUCGGAUCGAAAAACGAAAAAAUCGCGAAACCACUUGUAACCCAUAAUAAUUAAAAGAUAUGUUCAACUUCUGAUAAGCUGAGGGGUAGAUAAGAGUGUGACAUGAGUGACUAAUUUUAAGGUGUGAAUAGUGAUUUUGAAAUUUUCCUUUCGGGAGAAAAACUAGUGAUUUCCAUUUGGGGAAAAAAAACAGGAAAAUGCGUUGGAAGCUGUGCCUGCUCCUUUUGGGAGCAGUGGUUUUAGCCGGAAGGACAGUGAAUGGGGAAGAUUAUGAAGAUAACUACGAUGACGUCAUCGAUGAUAGUACCCAGCUUUCGUCGGAUGAAAGUGAAAAAAUCGACUCGGUAGUAAUUCCGGAAAGUGAUCAUCAAGAUGAGGAUGCGAUAGUGGUGGAAGAAAGUGAAACCCCUGAAACGGCAGCUGUGGAUAAAAGUGCAGUGAUCAGUUCCAAGGCCGCGAUCGCCGUCAGUGGGAACAAAACCGGACGAUACAUGAACUACGACGAUUUCAGUUCCAACCUGGACGAUUACGAUCCCAACUACAAUUGGGCAGACCCCAUACAACGAACCCAGCCCAAGGAUCCACCCAACUUCCAAACCGAUGAAACGGCCUACACCAUUACCCCAACACGGUUGGCCCAACUGCGAAGUCAAUUCCUGUACCCGUUCUACGACCGAGGCGGUCCGGAAAAUAUCGGAGAUCGUCAGCGAGAUAUCCACGCCUCGAUGCCACAGAUCCACAAGAACUUCAACUUCCAGUUGCCGUUCUACGGGUUCCGAUUCAACUACACCCGAGUCUCGAUGAACGGUUUCCUGGAGUUCAGUGAUCCACCGGAACAUUACACCUACCCGUUGACCUUCCCCAUCAAGGAUUGGCCCCGGCGCAAUGAUCCCUCGUUCAUCGGGAUCUUCUUCUCCAAGUGUCGUAUCGGGCGUAUUCACGAUACGGAUAUCGAUCAGCGCGAGCCGGGAGUGUACUUCCGGAUGGAGCGAGAUUUGCAGGGCCGUACUGAUCGACCGGGAGUGGAAAUGCGAGAGCGUGUUAUGUGGGACAUCCGAGAGGGUGUGGUGGGCUCUGAUACCUUCAUUCCGAAGCACGUCAUCAUCACCACCUGGAAAAACAUGAGCUUUGCCGGUGGUAUCGAUAACUCGCUGUUUAAGACUAACACCUUCCAAAUGGUUUUGGCUACCGAUGAAGUCUACACCUAUGCUAUCUUCAACUACGUGACCAUAAAUUGGUCUUCGCACACUGAAGCCGGUGGUGAUACUACUGGAGGAGAAGGAGGUGUCCCAGCUUUCAUUGGCUUCAACGCCGGAAACGGAACCCAAGCGUACGAGUACAAACCCUACAGUCAGGCGUCGGUCCUUCGUGAUCUUACCAAUCGUGGGUGGGCCAACAAUUUCCCGGGUCGACACAUUUUCCGCUUGGACGAACGGAUAAUGCUUGGAACGUGCAACAAAGAUAUUGACGCAUCGCAUCUUCCGCUGGUGUUUGCACCGGAGUCCGGAAACAUGUUGGGCGGAACUGUGGUCAACAUUACCGGGCCAUGCUUCUCGCCGGGCGAUCGGAUCUCUUGCCGAUUUGAUACGGAGGAAGUUAUCGGUACCGUCAUCGAUACGAACCGGGCCAUCUGUGUGCAGCCGUUCUUGAAGGCCCAAGGUUACAUUCGGUUCGAAAUUUCGAUCGGCGUUGAGCGUUACAAGUGGAGAGGCCGAUACUUUGUCGAGACACCGGCUACGGCUACUGAUCGCAUCUUCUUCGACACGGACGAUGUUCAUCGGCGAAACCCUUCCGAAAUCCGUAUCACCUGGAAUCGAUACAACUUGACCACCAAUUUGAACGCCAACAUUCAGAUCUCGCUGUGGGGUUAUAGAGAGGCAACCAUUCGCCCUGAGCUUGAAUACAUCGACAUGAUCGAAACUCAGAUACCGAACAGUGGAGCGUACACAAUUUCCCCGGCCAACUACCGACUCCGAGACAAUGUUCGCAAUGUUGACAUGCAGUUCGGUUUUCUUCAGAUCAAUCUUACGAGCCCGGACCAGUCAAACACGCAAGGAAUCACUCCUACCCUCUGGUCGAAGCCCAUUCCACUUGGGUGGUACUUCGGACCACAAUGGGAGCGAAUCCACGGCAGAAACUGGCCCCGAGCGCUUUGCGAAAACUGGCUAAUGACUGACCGAUUCUUGCGUAACUUUGCCCACGAACUCAGCCUGUGUCCCUGUACUCUGGAGCAAGCCCUCUACGACAAGGGUCGAUUCUUGCCGGAUCUGGAGUGUGAUCGUGAUUCCAAUCCUACCUGUCUUCACCAUAGGGGAGGAAUACAUUGUGUCCGAUCGGGUCAACCUUCUCCGCAGGGAUCUGAGCAGCAAUGUUGCUACGAUCGUAACGGCUUCCUGAUGCUUUCGUAUGAUCAAAUGUGGGGUUCAAGGCCACGCCGUAAUCACAACAUCGGUCAGAUUCCAUGGAACGAAGCUAACAAGGUGCCAACUCUCUCUACUUGGUUCCACGACGUGCGACCUUACUAUUCCUGCUGUAUGUGGCAAGAUGAACAGGCCGUUGGUUGUGAAACCUUCCGGUUCGAGCGAAGACCCUCUCAGGACUGUAUCGCUUACCAGGCUCCAGGAGUUGGUGCCGUCUUCGGCGAUCCGCAUAUAGUCACCUUUGACGGACUACAGUACACCUUCAACGGCAUGGGUGAGUUCGUGUUGCUUCGGGGUAACAACGGCCGUGAAAGAAUCGACGUUCAGGGACGCUUCGAGCAGGUUCCACGUAACAUGCACGGAGAUGUGCGAGCCACCCAGCUUACUUCGGUGGUGGCACGAGGUAACACAUCUACGAUUAUCGAGGUCCGCUUGAGACCAAGGGAAGCCCAAUGGCGCUACCGGCUGGAUGUGUUUGCCGACGAACGAAGAAUCUACUUCGAUCGGCAGAGUUUGAAGUUCCAGCACUUUGACGGAGUCACCGUGUACACACCGACCUACAUUCUGAACCAAUCGGAAGUCGUCAUUAUGUUCUCUUCUGGUGUCGGUGUCGAGGUUGUCGAGAACAAUGGCUUCAUGACGGCUCGCGUUUACACCCCUUGGAGCUUCAUUAACAAAACAAGAGGUCUUUUCGGAAAUUGGAGCUGGGAUAUGCAGGACGAUCUUGUCACCCCGGAGAGUGUCAUUAUAACACCUAAUCUGAACAACUUCGAAACCAUACAUAGACAGUUUGGAAUGCGAUGGAUGUUAUCGGACCGAGAACAGGAAGGAGUAGGAAGGGCACUGUUUACCAGAGAAUUUGGCAGAACAUCCAGCUACUACGCGAAUUCAAACUUCACGCCCGAGUUCCGACCGGAACCGAGCCAGUUCUUGCCACCUAACCGGACCAACGAUGUGAUCAGGGCGAGCGAACUGUGCGGCGAGAGCUAUCAGUGUCGAUUUGACUUCGGCAUGUCGGCGAAUCGAGAAAUGGCCCACUUCACCAAAAACUACCACGCCAGUGCGAUCAACAUACAGACCAUAAACAAUAAACGAGUCAUUUCCUGUGGUAUUUUGGAGACGCCUCGCUUCGGAAGGAAAUCUAGUUUCCAGUUCACUCCUGGAGCACGAGUGUCGUUCGAGUGUAACGAAGGCUUCUUCCUGAUUGGUGAUACCCGUCGAGUUUGUCGCGAGAACGGUCAAUGGGACGUACCGGAGUAUGGUUUCACUGAGUGUCUCCGCGCUGUAUUCUAUACCCGUCGCAUGGCUUGGAUCACUACGGGCAUUGUCCUAGCUGUCAUGUUACCACUUAUCAUGUGCAUUGUGUGCGGUGUCUAUUGCUUCCGUAAGCGGAAGCUCAAGGAUGACCCGGACUGGCGAAUGCCGCUCCCAUCUCGAUCGGCUUCCCGAACUACGCUCCGUAAUCUGAACAGUGACGGAAGCGAGUACGAUGACAACACCAUCAAGAAAGUUCGACGCUACGAUGCCACCUACAAGACGCACGAACCCUUGGCCGGAAAGCCAGACAUUCAGUUCGAGCCGAAGAAAAUGGACCUGGAUGAAGAAGACAUCACGUCCUCGGAAGGAGGUGAAUAUAGAGAUGUAGUUGUGAACGAUUUCCAAUAUAAAAAUAUGGCUGAUCAUAAACAACUAGGUCGCCGGAGGAUGAUGGCCGAGCAGAACGGAGACGCAGCAGGACCAUCGAUGUUCAGCGAGGACGAAGACAACACCUAUCCACCGCCACCUAACGAUUCACCCACCCAGGGUUACGGAGCCUAUAGCCCAACCUUCAGCGGCAUCGAUCGGAACAGCAGUUUCGCAACCGAAGAUGCCUCUCCGGUCCACCAGAGGCGCCCCGGAGCAUUCCCUGUCCAACCCGCGGGAUCAUUCUACGGUAGCACUGGAGCUGCCAGCCCUACCACACCGAUUAACCAAAACGUCGGACUUCCGGCCAGAAUAGACAGUCGUUCGACCGAAGUCUAAAUCAUCCCCGUUUCCUUGACAAAAUAUUUUAGUACCACCGUGAAACAUUCAUUUAAUAUUUUUUCUCUUCUCUAUCUUCAUUCGCCAGUUUCUGACAAAAGAAACUCAUUGCUAUUUCAACUUAGUUCAAACAAAGAUAACAAUCCAGGUUUUUUUCCUCCUAGCGAUAAGGCCAAACCAUGUACUUAAGAUAAGAUGAAACCAAUAAAGCGUAGAAUUGAUGUUUUAGAGACACACUAAC